UCAGGCACACAAAUAUGAUAAGUUUGGACGUGCGUCGAGGCUUGAGGCCCCACAUCCAAGAUGGAGGCCGGUGGAAACAACAAAAGGCAGGGCCUGCCCAAAUUACGAGAACUUUUGCGCCGCCAGCGGAAAGACUCCGACGGUAACUUGGAGCAGCCAGAUCUGGAGUUUGAGUAUGAUGAUGCCGACAGACACCAGGUGGAGAUAGCAGAGCUCUACAGUUACACAGAAGAACCAGAGUUUACACAGAACCGAAAAUAUUUUGAAGAGGAUUACCAGCAAAGAGUCCCAGAAAAAUGGACAGUUAUAGACUCCGGCCUACAAAAGAUGCACAUUCUCCGCCUUCUGAACGGUACGGAGGACACGAGACGCGAGCGGCGAAUACGGUCCAUGCGGUCGCUCCUGUAUCUGGCGCAGGGUGUGUUUGGAGAGUGCGAGACGGAGGCUGACCAGCUGAAGUGGGCGCGGCACAACGUCUUCUUGUUGUACGACUGCGGCGUGUUCUCGGCCUGUGUGGAGCUGCUCAGUAUGGAGAUCGAGAACGGCAACGCACAAGCCAGCGCACUAAGGAAGCCUGCGGUCUCGUUGGCUGACAGUACGGACCUCAGAGUUGUCCUGAGCAUCCUCUACACGAUGGUGGAGACCAUGAGGAUGGGGUGUGACGCAGACACUCAGGAACAACAGCACCUCAGGGACAUGUUCCAACGAGAACUUGGCCAAGCCAUAUAUGGUAAAGAAAACCUGGCUGUUCUACUGUUUGGGAUGGUGACAAAGUUCUGCAGCGGAAACGCUCCCCACUUCCCCAUGAAGAAAGUGUUGCUGCUACUGUGGAAAGUUGUCUUGACUUCUCUGGGAGGUUUUCGCGAGCUGCAGGACUGGAAGAACAAGGCGCGAGAAGUGGCGGGGCUUCCGCACGUGCCGGACGACAGUCUGAACGUCAUCAAGAACAUGCGCGCCGCAUCCCCGCCCACCUCCGCCACCGAGAUAGUGGAGCAGGCCAGGAGACCCAGGAUGUCACAGAGAAAAGAAUUAAUACUAAGGCAGACUAGUAUGGAAGAUUCCAUGCAGGGGCAGGAUGGGGAGGAUGAUGGGAAGGAUGGGGAUGACGAUGAUUUAGACGAUUACAACGAGGGGAUGCCAGGAGCCAUGCGACCUUCGACCCCUCCGCCACCACUAGUGCAUGUACCAAAGGGGCUGCCCUGGACCCCAAAAGUCAGACAAAAAGAUUUGGAAUGCUUCCUGGACCACACUAGAAACAAAUUUGUAGGAUUUUCAGUUGGAAUAGAUUCUGACACGUUAAUAGGACUUCCACAACCUAUACACGAAGGAGUAAAAGUUUUGAAAAAGCAUGUAUAUGUGUCACUAGCUGAAGUACAAAUUAGAAGAGAAGAAGAAAUUGCAAAGAAUCCCAUGACAAAGUUCGACCUUGUUGCUCAGGGUGAAGGUGAGAUCGUGAUGACCCCCCGGGAGGUGCUGUACCAGGGGAUGCUGCCCAGUCUGCCGCAGUACAUGAUUGCCCUGUUGAAGAUCCUCCUGGCAGCUGCCCCCACCUCCAAAGCCAAGACAGACUCCAUCAACAUCCUGGCUGAUGUGCUGCCUGAGGAGAUGCCGAUCACAGUGUUACAGUCCAUGAAGCUGGGGAUCGAUGUGAACAGGCACAAGGAGAUCAUCGUGAAGGCCAUCUCAGCUGUCCUGCUGCUGCUGCUCAAGCACUUCAAACUCAACCAUGUCUACCAGUUCGAGUACAUGUCCCAACACCUGGUGUUUGCCAACUGCAUCCCGCUGGUGCUGAAGUUCUUCAAUCAGAACAUCAUGUCGUACAUCGCAGCCAAGAACACCAUCGCUGUCAUCGACUUUCCCAACUGUGUCAUCGGCGAGCAGCCAGAACUCACCGCCGAAAGUCUGGAAGCAGGAGACAGUAUCCAGUUCUGCUGGAGGAACCUGUUCUCCUGCAUCAACCUGCUCAGGAUCCUCAACAAACUCACCAAGUGGAAACACUCCAGGACCAUGAUGUUGGUGGUGUUCAAGUCUGCGCCGAUCCUGAAGCGAGCCCUGAAGGUGAAACAGGCGAUGCUGCAGCUGUAUGUCCUGAAGCUGCUGAAGGUGCAGACCAAGUACCUGGGGCGGCAGUGGAGGAAGAGCAACAUGAAGACCAUGUCUGCCAUCUACCAACAGGUCAGGCACAGACUCAACGACGACUGGGCCUACGGAAACGACAUGGAUGCCAGACCGUGGGACUUCCAGGCAGAAGAGUGCGCCCUUCGCGCCAGCGUGGACAGGUUCAACCAGCGGCGGUACGGGGAGGAGCCCAGCGGCAUCGAGGCCGAGUUCCAGCAUGUGGACAACAACCUGCUGAGUGUGCUGGGGCAGAAGGUGGACCUACCCGAGGAGUUCAAGCUGGGGUACGAGAAGUGGCUGCAGCGCGAGGUCUUCACCACGCAGAUCGACUGGGACCAGCUGCUGUCCUGACUAGAUGUGGAGACGGGGGCGGGAGGGGGGGCAUAGGCGUGUGGCAGGCUUUUAGCCAGGCAUGCGUCCAGGCGUCAUUUAGAUACUCUUUUCUUAAAAUAACACGAAAUGGGAUGCACUGACGCCCUUACACUGUGGAGCAGAUCCUCUGACUACCAUGAAAUUCUGAUUGACCAGGGAUGACAUUGGGUCAUUUGUGGUCACAGUCUUCUACUGUGACCUCUCUGACAGUUGUUUUCCCCCUUGUAAUACCUUAGAAUGCACCAUUUUACCUUAAAAUUGGUGGCCCGCUUCUGCGACAGUUGGAUAGUUGGCUGUCAAGAGAAGCUUGGUUUUCCAAAAAAUAUGAUCUUUCACUCCAACAUCUGAUUGAAACCCAAAGGAGUUCAAUCUUUUCCCACCCUUAUGAUAAAAAAAAAGCAGGUUUAUUAACAACCAAAACCACAUACAAUACAUCAACCAUAGACGUUCUGUGUGACAUUUCUGCUGGCCAAACAAAAAAUUGAUAGAGUUUGUGAAAAACCGAUCUAGUAUAUUAAGAGCAACUCACGAGUUGGGAUGAAAAUGAAAUAUUAGUUUGUUCUGCUGUACACAGGAACUGUAACUUACAGAUGUAUACCACUACAUGUAUUUGGGAUCCCCUUUUAAUUUUACCAACCUUCUCAUGUACCAUUAACCUCCUCCAUGAUGGAGUAGCCUUUUUGCACCAACUUGUUUACAGGACCAGGCAGCAGGAGAAGGUUAAUUCAACUACAAUGCCUAUUGUGUAUAAAACUAGCCUGGUAUCCAGACGUAAUAUAGCUCCCGAGUCUCUUCUGUCUCAAAGGUGUCGUAAUCCAGCCACAAUCCUCACUCAGCAUGUUAAUGCCACAUUAUCAGUCUUCACGUAGUGAGAUGUCAUUUUUUAAAAUCAUUAUCGCUGUCCAAUAUUUGGCACCUUCGGAAAUAUGUCUAAUAUUACAUGUAUGUAGAACCAAUAGCUACUCCUUGACUCUUGAGCUGUGUAUGCAGUGACUUAAAUUUAUGGCCAAAUUGCUCUUGAAGAGUUGAGUACAAUUUUGUAUUUAUGCUAGUGUUUAGGUAUAUGAUUUUGCCUGAGACAUCUUCGUGAAUGGUGACUCAAUGUACUUUUCCACUUCAAUGUUUAGAUAUUGUGGAUGUUUUUAUUUGUCGCGACCACCUUGGUACAGACGUCAAGUGUACAUAGAAAUGUUGUAAGACCAAUGAUUUCUUUUUAUAUCAUAUUUAUGUUUGUACUGUUAUAUCAGGUGGCAGCUUUUUUAAACUGAAUGUCCAGAUGUUUAUAUUAUGUUGGUUUCUUUUAUUAAAGUGAGGAGUGUCUAAAGUA